AUGAGAGAUCGAGCUUCUGGACAAUUUUUAAACAAGGAAAAGACAGCUAUGUUUUUCAGUUCAAACACUGAUUCAGAAAAUAGAAGAAAGAUUUUAAGGGAAGGAGGGGAUCUGGUGAAAGGGAGCUAUGAAAGAUACUUGGGGCUUCCCACUCUGGUGGGUAAAUCUAAGUAUAACACCUUUAGGUGUUUAAAAGAAGGAGUUUGGCAAAAAAUAAAUAACUGGAAGAAUUCUUUUCUCUCGAGUGCAGGGAAAGAAAUUAUGAUAAAGACUGUUCUACAGGCUAUUCCAUCCUACACUAUGAGUGUAUUCAAGCUGCCAAAGAAGCUAAUUUGCAAAGAACUUAAUGGAAUGCUUGCCAAGUUUUGGUGGGGUAAUCAACAAAGAGAAUGCUGUAUCCAAUGGAGGAGCUGGAAAAAAAUGGGGCAAUCAAAAGAAAAUGGAGGGGUGGGGUUCAGAGACCUAGAGAAUUUCAACUUAGCUUUGCCUGGGAGAAUACUUCAGAAUCCUUCUUCUUUAACUACUAAGAUCUACAAGGAAAAGUACUUAAGAAAUUUCUCACUGUUGGAGGUAAAACUGGGAAAUACACCCUCCUUGAUAUGGAGAAGUGUUUGGAGUUAUAUGGGAUUGCUUAAAGAAGGACUCAGGUGGAGGGUGGGGAAUGGUAACAAGAUCCAGAUAUGGGGUCAAAAAUGA